AUGGCCGAUCCCACUCUGCUGAACGCCGGGCUGCUGGGUCCCCUGCUCAACGUCCACACGGGGGACGCCUUCUACAUCCCCAAUUUCCGGGCGUCCGGCGCCCAGCUGGCGGCUCUCCCGCCCCUGCCUUACUCCCGGCGGGACGGGGUCUGCUCGCUGCCCUGGGCGGCGGGCGUCGACCCGCCCUGCAGCGGGUACCCGCAGCCUUACCUCGGCGGACCUCCGCCCGUCGCCCUCGACCCCUCCUUCGACGCCCGCCGCUCGGACGAGGCGGGCGGGAAGGUCCCCUACCCGCCGCGGGAAUCCGCCGCCGACGCGAUGAAACGGGAGGAGAGGGACGGCGAACCCGGCUCCGCCCUGCACGACCCCAGCGGGCUCGGCUACCCCAGCCACCCGGGGGGCACGGAGACCCUAGCCCGCAGCCACUCGCGCUGGGAGUCCGACUCGCUCUCGCCCCUGGUGAACGGCGGCGACAGGAACCCCGCCGUCUCCCCCCCGCCGGCCGACCACGGCGCCGGGCUGGUGGGCGAAGGUCCCACGCCCUGGUACCCCCUCCACUCGCGGACGCGGAAGAAGCGGCGGCCGUAUUCCAAGGUGCAGAUCGCCGAGCUGGAGGGCGAGUUCAUGCUGAACGAAUUCAUCACUCGGCAGAGGAGGAGGGAGCUUUCCGACCGGCUCACGCUCAGCGACCAACAGGUGAAAAUCUGGUUCCAGAAUCGGCGGAUGAAGAAGAAGAGGCAGCUCAUACGGGAACAAGCCCUGAGCUUUUUCUAG